AUUACCACGAUUUGUCCCACGAAAUCCCCACGUUUUCCCCUUUCCUUCUGUAGAGUAAACUCAGCUUUUCUAUUAUACUAUAAACCAGUUCAAUAUAUAUAUGUAUGGCUGACCAUGCUAAACAUCCAAGUCCCACAUAGAUCCCUUCACAACAAGUACUAGUAACACGUGUGUGAGCUAUUUUUUCACUAGCCAUGGCCUCUAGUUCCUCCAGUAAACACCCAAUGUAUCGUGGAAUCAGAUGCCGGAGCGGAAAAUGGGUGUCUGAAAUCCGUGAACCGCGUAAAACUACACGUAUAUGGCUCGGUACGUAUCCGACACCGGAAAUGGCUGCUGCUGCUUAUGAUGUGGCUGCACUAGCCCUAAAAGGUAGUGAAGCUGUUGUGAACUUCCCGGAUUCCGUUGCUUCGUAUCCUAUUCCGGCUUCUAUGUCGUCAGCCGAUAUACGAAAAGCGGCGGCGGCGGCGGCGGCGAUGCAAAGAGGUGAAAACAAAAGUAGUGAGAGUAGUAACCUAGUAGGGACAGUUCAACAUCAUGUGGUCAAAGAUGAAGGGUUCGCUACAGGAGAGUAUGUGGAUGAGGAUGUAUUUUUGAACAUGCCUAAUUUGUUGGUGGAUAUGGCAAAGGGAUUGCUGGUUUCACCGCCGAGAAUUAGCUUGAUACCUUCCGAUGACGACGAUGACUCGCCAGAUAAUUGUAAUGGAGAAAGCUUAUGGAGUUAUUGAUUUGAUUCAAUAUUUUUCUAAUAAUGCUGCUAUAAGCUGCUACAUUAUUUUGGUCUUUUCAUUUUCAUCAAAUGUGGGCCGGAAACAAGGACAUGUUAGGAUUUUGGAAAAAAGGAAGAAAGAAAAAAAGUGCCCAUUGGUGGUAUUAAGUUGCAGCUUUGAGCAUUA